ACACUAUACUUUGCUCCGCCAAAUAUAUUCCGCUCGGUGGAUGGUCGUGCGCGCGGCCAAUUAAUUAUUAAUUUAUUUAAUAGUAUUUAAAUUGUACAGUGUACAAGUUUAACAAAAAUAGAUGCUGCCUAAAUUUAAUUGAUUCUAAAAUUAAGCCUUAAUAUUUUUAUCGGUAUCAUAUUUGGGGUCCGGCAACCAUGGCUCACUGUAUGAGAGUUUUGCAUGGCCAGGGUGGCAGGACGAGAACCGUUCUCUUGGAGAUCCAGCAAAGAUGCUUCAGCGUCUCCCCGCUCACCGCCGCAGCGGCCCAGGUCGCUAUGUCGAAGUUCGACAAGGCUCCUUUGCCCUACGAGAAGUUGACGAAGAAUUUAGAGGUGGUUAAGAAAAGGUUAGGUCGGGAUAUGACCUUGUCUGAAAAAGUUCUAUACUCUCAUCUCGAUGACCCUAAAGGACAGGAGAUUGAGCGAGGCACCAGCUACCUCCGCCUGCGCCCCGACCGCGUGGCCAUGCAGGAUGCGACCGCACAGAUGGCCAUGUUGCAGUUCAUCUCAUCUGGUCUGCCGAGGGUGGCCGUACCUUCCACCAUUCAUUGCGACCACUUGAUUGAAGCGCAGAUUGGCGGUGAAAAGGAUCUGGCCAGAGCUAAGGACAUCAACAAGGAGGUAUACAAGUUCCUGGAAACCGCAGGUGCCAAGUACGGAGUGGGUUUCUGGAAGCCAGGCUCUGGCAUCAUCCAUCAGAUCAUCCUGGAGAACUACGCCUUCCCCGGUCUGCUUAUGAUCGGUACCGACUCGCACACACCCAAUGGUGGUGGUCUUGGAGGACUGUGUAUUGGUGUGGGCGGUGCUGAUGCUGUAGAUGUGAUGGCCGACAUCCCAUGGGAGCUGAAGUGCCCUAAGGUUAUUGGAGUCAAGCUUACUGGUAAACUUUCCGGCUGGACGAGCCCCAAAGACGUGAUCCUCAAGGUAGCCGGUAUCCUCACAGUCAAGGGUGGUACUGGCGCCAUAGUGGAGUACCACGGGCCUGGAGUCGACUCCAUCUCAUGUACCGGCAUGGCCACCAUCUGUAACAUGGGAGCGGAGAUCGGUGCUACCACUAGUGUGUUCCCAUACAACUCGCGCAUGGAGGCCUACCUCAAGUCGACCGGACGCCAGGGAGUGGCUUCAGCCGCUAACUCAUACAAACACCUGCUCACACCCGACCCUAAGGCGCCGUAUGAUCAGCUGAUCGAAAUCGACCUAUCAACCCUGGAGCCGCACGUGAACGGACCUUUCACCCCCGACCUCGCGAACCCCAUCUCCAAGCUGGGUGAAGCAGCCAAAAAGAACGACUGGCCCGUGGAUAUCCGCGUGGGUCUUAUCGGCUCCUGCACUAACUCCUCGUAUGAGGAUAUGGGCAGGUGCGCCAGUAUUGUGAAAGAGGCGCUCAGUCACGGACUCAAGUCCAAGAUCCCGUUCAACGUGACGCCCGGCUCCGAACAAGUGCGCGCUACCAUCGAGCGGGAUGGUAUUGCACAAACGCUCAGGGACUUUGGAGGCACUGUGCUAGCGAACGCGUGUGGCCCCUGCAUCGGGCAAUGGGACCGCAAGGACGUGAAGAAAGGCGAGAAGAACACAAUAGUGACGUCAUACAACCGCAACUUCACCGGCCGCAACGACGCCAACCCGGCCACGCACUGCUUCGUCACCAGCCCGGAGCUCGUCACCGCGCUGUCUAUUGCCGGUCGCCUUGACUUCAACCCCGUGACAGACGAGCUGCAAGGGUCUGACGGCAAGAAGUUCAAGCUAUCAGACCCGUUCGGCGACGAGCUGCCCACCAAGGGCUUCGACCCCGGCCAGGACACGUACGAGCACCCGCCCGCUGAUGGCAGCAAGGUGAAAGUAGACGUGUCCCCCACAUCCGACCGCCUCCAGCUCUUGGAGCCCUUCGACAAGUGGAACGGCAAGGACCUCACGGACCUCACCAUCCUCAUCAAGGUGAAGGGCAAGUGCACAACGGACCACAUCUCCGCUGCCGGACCUUGGCUGAAGUACAGAGGGCAUCUGGACAACAUCUCCAAUAAUAUGUUUAUCACCGCAACAAACGCUGAAAACGGCGAACUGAACAAGGUCCGAAACCAACUGUCAGGCGAAUGGGGCCCCGUGCCCGCCACAGCGCGCGCAUACAAGGCGGCCGGCACCCCGUGGUGUGUGGUCGGCGAUGAGAACUACGGAGAGGGAUCUUCCCGGGAACAUGCUGCGUUGGAGCCGAGGCAUUUGGGAGGCAGAGCCAUCAUUGUCAAGUCUUUCGCGCGUAUUCACGAGACGAACCUCAAGAAGCAAGGUCUAUUACCGCUGACGUUCGCGAACCCGGCCGACUACGACAAGAUCCAGCCCACGGACAAGAUCUCCCUGUUGGGGCUCAACGGACUGGCGCCUGGCAAGCCUGUGGAGUGCGAGAUCAAGCACAAGGACGGCAGCUCUGAGCGCAUCAAGCUGAACCACUCGCUCAACGAGCAGCAGAUCGCCUGGUUCCGCGCGGGCUCCGCCCUCAACCGCAUGAAGGAGCUCGCCAAGUGAGCGGAGCCCUAGCCCUCCGCCCCACCAGGCAGCAACGUAGCAUUAAAAAAAUCGCCUUCACUUCGAAUUUCACCUGUCACUUUUUGCCGCGAAAUGAAAUGUCAAACUUAGACAAUACAGAUAAUUAAUUAUUCUAGUUCUAAAAUAAUGAUGUUGAAGCAUGUUAAAUUGUUACCGAUUUUAGUACAAUUUUCUAUGGUAGCGCAUUUUUUAUAUUGUCGCGGCGUCUGAAUCUUACCUAGAGAUGUAGUAUAGAUGCGUAUAGAGUUAAGUUCGAACGUUUAUUCGAUGUAUUAUUAUAAAUCAGUAAUUAUGUAAGCGAAACUAUUUUAUUUAUGUACAUAAUUGUUAAAAAAUAAAAUUACGUAUGUAA